UUGCCAAUGUACCGUACGUCAUUUUAGGAGCCAAUCAGCGCCCGGCUAGCAUCUUCCUGACAAAUAUGGAUGACAGGUCGACGCUCGUAAACUGCUGUCAGAGUUCCCCCCACCUCUGCACGGGCCCUUAAACAUGUCCACAGAUGACAGCGUCUCUGAGGACGUGUCCAGCUCCGGGCCGCGGAGCCACUGCCGGCCCAGCGGCGAAGGGGGCAAGGGGAGCGAGGCGUCCCCGCUGUCCUCCGAGGCCACCACGGCCUCGGGGCUGGGGGCCUCCGAGGGGAUAUGUUCGGCCUCCCAGACCACGGGGGGUACCGUGGCCAGCCAGACCGUCAAGAGCACACCAGCGCACAACAAGAUCAGGGGUCUGUGUCUGAACACAGAGGAAGAUGCGUUCACUCCAGGCAAGAACCUCCCGUUCAUUAACCCGAGCUCCCUGGAGACCCUCCGAGCCUUGGUGGAGGAGAUCCGCAGCGGGGGUGAGACGGACCCGCAGGUCUGGAAGGACUGCGAGGACCGAUGGCUCCAUCUGUUCCAGCUUGUGGAGAAGCAAUACCAGGAGCAAAUCCUCGCACAGCAAGAACAGUACCAGUGCCAAAUACAGUUAAUUCAGGACGAGAUCAAGGCGCUGGUGCAGCUCCAGAACCGGCCGCCCCAAGCAGACUUCAACCACGGCGCCGCCAUCCAAGCCAGCGAGGACACCACGACCAGUAAAGACUUCCUGUUGCCACUCACGCCCGGCGACUGCUCUUUCCCCGCCCACGCGCCCAGCGACAGCGACAGCCUGGCCGCCCCCGCCGCCCUCUCGCCGUUCAGCUCCCCCUCCCCGCCGCACAGGUCCGACGGCGCCGUCCCGCCGGCCGACGAGAGGGCCGCCACGGGGCUCAGCAGCGGCUACGGCACGCUCUCCGCCUGGGAGACGGGAGAGAUGCGGGAGCACCGGUGGUUGGAAGACGCCGACGCCGCCGCGAUUACUCGGGACGGAGCCGAAGCUCACGGACAGGAGGAGUCGUCGGGAGCCCACCAGCAGAAAACCUCGGGUCAGGUUUUGACCUCCUGGGCUCUGAGGCAAAAACUACGAGCCAAAAAGAUCAAGACGCCAGCGUCCCGCAUCCCCGAGUACCAGGAACUGCCGCGCAGCACGGGCCAUUCGGGCCCGGCCCCCCCGGAGAGCGCCGACUUCCAGCGUCCCGCCGCCGCGUCGUCGUCCUGUGCCUCUUUUUCACUGAGGAGGAGCGACAGCCUCUUAUCCGAGGCCUCAGGCCUGACCUACUGGCGCCUGAACGAGUGCGACCUCUACCACCGUCUGCCGGACGCCCUCGAGCACGGCAGCGGUGGCGCAGCUUACUUCCUGCGAGAACCUUCCGCGGAUCAGGCGGAGGACCCCGGCGUUUCUCUGCGAGAGAUCUACCAGCACAAGCACAUGACGGACGUCAAACGCUCCGACUGGGAACGCUCGGGGGCGUCCACUCCAUUCUCGCUGCAGCCAGUGCCGGCGGGGGCGUCCCAGCCUUCCUCCACGACGCCUGUGAGUCUAGACGGCGCCUCCGAUGCGUCCCAGGAAGUCCCGUCCACCCCGCGGACGAAGACCGGCGAGGAGGAAGCCACCAAUACCCGCAGUAGUACUUUGCGGCCCGUUUCCGGUUCUCUAGAAGAUCCCGUUGUCCUCUCGCUGUUGCGACAGAACCUGAGAGAGAAGCACUCGCGACACGUGGCCGACCUGAAGGCGUAUUACGAGUGCGAGAUUCAAGUCCUGCGAGACAAGCUGGAGCUCCGACAUCUGCCGGGAGACCUGGAAAGGAGCAACCGGGUGCUCUCGGACAGAUGUCAGCAUCUCGAGAAAGCACUGGCUGAAACCGGCCGACGGAUUGCCCAACUGGAGGAAACCAACGUCACGCUGGCGAAGCAGCUGGCGGAGUGGCCCGAGCGCUACGCAGUGGCGGGCGCCACCGUCAAGUCACUGCGCCAGCGUCUGGAGGACAGCAAGCGCUCGGCCAGGGAGAAGGCGGCGGCCGCGCUGAAGGCUCGGCGGCAGGCCGACGACUGCGAGGCCAGGAGAGAUCGCGAGGCCCAGGCCAAGAAAGAGCUUCUUGCAAAAUACGACGGCGUGCUGAAGGAUAACGACAGACUGAAGCUCAACUUGCUAUCAACAGAGGACAAACUUUACCAAGCCAACGACGUCAUUUCCGACCUGAAAAGAACAAUUUCUAAAUUGGAGUCGCAAGUGCGGCAGCUGGAGCACGAGAACCAGGCCAGGCUCCGCCACGCCCCCCACGCUGCCUCCCAGCCGUCGGGAGCCGGUCUUUUCCACCACCCUGACCCGCUUCACUCGCCUGGUCGGGGCAACACCGAGCCGGACGCCGCCCACAGGAGGUCGCCGCCCCGUCCGGAUGUCCGCCAGGCGGCUGCCGCUACAAAAUCAGCGUUCCCUUCUGAGACGCCGACGAGGUGCACAUCCUCCCGAGACCCCGACCGAACGUCGCCCCCAUCCAGACGACGGGAGGAGGGUGCCGGCCUCCUGACCCCCAUCAUGAGGGCGCUGAUCGAGCUGGAGGAGACCCGAGCCACUGAGAGCAGAGCCCCCUGGCUGGCCAAUCACAGGCCGUCGUUUGGCGGCGCCGGCGCUCCGCUCAGGAGUCAGAGGAGUUUGUCACCAGACGGCCAUCGGUCGUCGUCGCUGCCUCCGCCGGGACUACGGAGCAACAUUGCGACCACGCCUACAAAGAGAGAGAUGUUACUUGCCCCGUUGCCAACCAAGGGCAGCCCCAAGCGCUGCCCCACCGAAAAUUACUCCACUGCCUUCGGGCACAGGAUGCCACGCGAGGAGCACCUCAGCAACAGAUGCGACGCACACGCCGACCACACGAGGCGCCACUCCUUCCACAGCAGCAGUCCCAGGAAGAAACUACACUUUGGGUCAGCUGACCAUCAAGAUGCCGCCGUCGGCUCGGCGCCGCCCGACGGCGGUGACGCGCAGCUGACGCGCGAAGGAGGAGGAGGAUGCCCUGGCGGCUGCCCGGCCUCCGACAACAAAGUCCAGUCCCUGGCAGAGGCCGAGAGACUUCUUGACGAGCUCACGCGGGAGAAACUCGAGAUCGAGGCAUGUCUGAGCCGCAUGCCGCCGUCGUCGUCGGGUGGUCGAGUGAGCGUGAAGACCAGGCUGGACCAGGUGGCCUUAGAGGAGCGUCUGGAGCAUCUGAACCGAGAUCUUGGGUCCAUCCGUAUGACGCUCAAGAGGUUCCGGGUCCUGCGCUCCUCCGCUAGCAUAGCGUAGCACUGUGCUAACUUGGCCUGUCACGAUGAACAAUGAUUGUUUUGGGGUUUUUUUUCUUCUUUAAAUUCCUCUGAAAUCACCAAAAUUUAUCCCCGCCCGCCCUUAAACAGCAGAACUGUUUGGUUGAUCCGCUGAAGAGACGAGCCUUUCACCUGUCAGUCAAAUUUGGUAAAACAGUUACCGUAAGUAGUUCCCGCGACUUUUUUUCACAGCCGCCGCGUUAGUUAGCAUUAGCCCCGCCUCGUUAGCACCACCGCGUUAGGUUUAACAGCCCCGCGUUACCGUUAACACCACUGCGAUAGCGUUAGCGCCGCCGCGUUAGGUUUAACAGCCCCGUGUUAGCCUUAGCACCGCCGCAUUAGCGUUAAUCUCUUUCUGUGUACCGAGGCUUAUCACCAGGUGAGCUCUGUAGGCCGGGAAUUACGGCAACUUUCCCUUUAACGCAUAAAUCUGAGCAAGGCACCGACUGAGUCAGCCGUUUCCCUCGUCAGCCCGCCUAAACACCCAAGCGUCUCUCUCGUGUGCUACGUGGUCCACAUGGAGGAAGGCUGCGGAGUCUUGUACAGAGCCAGGACCGGUUCCACGCGCAGCUCACUACACAGUCCUCCAACUUGGAGUCGGCCCAACAAUGCCAAUUUAUCAUCACCAUUAAAUUUAUUGAACCAUUAUUCAAUGUAGUAAUUAUCGUGACAGGCCUAAUGCUAAUGUUAGCACGUUUUUUUGUUUUUGUUUUUGUUUUUUAUGCUACCUACAACUCGGGGAAACUUUUGAUACGUCUUUUCUGAAAGUCUAUAUUUUUACAACCACAGAUUUAUAGAUGCAUUUUUUUUUUUAAACUCAAAGGACAUGUAUGUACAUUUGUUAUAGAACUUUUCAAAUAGUCGCAAUAUGCUCUCGUUUACAUCAUUCACAUUGAAGAAAAUAUGUUUACCUGACAUUCCGACUGUCUCUGUUGUUUUGUUAUCUUUUCUUACAUGUUUACAUAUUUUUUUGCAGCAGGACCAGAGCCAGCACAAUCAUCGUCUUUUCUUUUCUUUUUAUUUUAUGCCUAGCCAAAUCCACCGCGGAACUAUUACUGAUUGUGAUCCACAAUUGCACAAUAAAUGUGACUUAUAUUUAUGUUA